UAAUGUGUAUAUACAACUGUCUGUAUAAAUUUGUGGUUUGCCAUGAACUAAUGACAAUGUAACAAACUGGUAGAUACAUGUGUUGUAUUGUAUUGACAACUGUUUCAGAACGUUAUAAUAACAAGACCAAAACCAAAAGGACAAGUGUUCACUUUGCACGUCGCUUUCAAUAUAAUAAUAUAUCGGUUAACGAGCUGUUCAUGUACUAAUUAGUUUCUUUAACAAAUUCCAAACAAUCAACUACAGUUUUAAGCAUAACAAUCAUGUGGCUUAUUAGUUCUCAUACACUACGACGUAUUACAACACGUGUGAGAUUAGCCCCAUAAAAGUCAAACAAACCAUUAACUAACCCGCGUCGAAAUAAGAAGACAACCUAAGCUAUAAGGAAAACUGUAAACCAAUCAGCACUUGAUUUUGUAAACCGGAUCAAAGUCGGCCGUAUAAGUCUUUAAACCAUAAAUUUCUUCUCCGGUUUGAAGUCAAAACUGUAUCAUAACAUUAAGAUCUUCUCCGGUUUAGCAUCAGCUUUGACCCAAACCCUUCCAUGACGUCAUCAUCUUGACAUUUUCAAUUGUGUUUAUCUAUAAUCAUCCUUUGACUCUCACUUUCUGAGAACUUUCAGACACAGAAAGUACAUAUAAAACCAAGGAUCUCCGUGUUCAUGUACUUUGUGAAUAAAUGGAAAAAGCAUCCGACAACAACCCCACGAAACUCUCGAAGAUGCUUCAAAAAGCGUUAUCAAUUGGUCACGGUGCGGCGCCGUUUAGUCCGGUAAGAGAUUUCCACCACCACCACCACCGUACGGCUUCGACGGUGAACAGAGGAUUUUUCUUCUCUGGUCCGAUAACACCGUUGCUUCCAACGGCGGCCUCAAGAGCUAGGAGAAGAACCAAGAACGCCGUCGUUUUCGCCGAACCCACUUCUCCUAAGGUCUCCUGCAUCGGUCAGAUCAAACUCGCUAAUAAGUCGAAAUGCCCGGACGCGAAGAACAGAGAACGUAAGAAUCUCAAACCGGCGUCGUCUUGUCUUGUUAAAGAAGCAGGCAAGGGAAACUGGUCGAAACUAAAACGUCUCUUCUCAAUGGGGUCGAGAAAAUCCAACUACACGGCCGUUUCCGCCGCUAGUGAGCAUCCGAUCUCGGCGGUGGAAGCGGUUGCGGUGCCUUCAUUGGGUAAAAUGAAGAAAUUCGCGAGCAGCAGAGAAGCUCUCGGUGGAUUUGAUAGGACGGCCGAGAUCAAACGUGAAGAAUCUCGGUCCGAUCAUCAUCGCCGAGGGUACUCUUCCGAUGACAAAGAGACGAUGAUUCCAUGCGCUGUAAGCACGCCUCUGGCCCUGUGCUCGAGACAGAAGAGUGAAGUUAAUUUGUGGAAGAGAAGAACCAUGGAUCGACCAAAACCACUUCAAGUUAAAGCUAGUUAUUAACUUGUCUUCGUUCCUACUUCGAUGUGUACUUGCUUUUUUUGUGCGGAACUUCGUUUCUACGUACUAGGUCUAAAUUUUUUGAAUACUUCAAACAAACAAAAUAAUUCGACUUGUGAAUACAUAUCUACACGUUUUUUAUGCGUUAUUAAUAAGAUGGGCACAAUAAUUGGUUCGUCUCC